AUGGGUAAGUCUAGUGAAGAGCCGCAUAAGCAUUUGAUGCAAUUCGUGGAGUCGAGCGAGAAUUUUCAAUAUAGACAUGUUCCCGAUGAUUUUGUGAAGCUGUCUUUAUUUCCAUUCUCACCGAUUGGUGAAGCGAGGGAAUGGUUGACAAAUCUGCCUGCGGGUUCUAUCACUUAUUGGGAGGUAUUAUCAAAUAAAUUUAUCGACAGGGUUUUCUCAGCCAAGAAAACAAAGGAGCUGCGAGGGAGAAUUGCUAACUUCACUCAGAGAGACUCUGAAUCUCUGACACACGCUUGGGAAAGGGACUUGCUGAAUGCUUCAGCUCAAAGGCAGAUCUUAAACAAAACAUAUGACGAGAUGGAAGCUCUCCUUGAGCUGAUGUCCGAAGGUGCUUAUGAGUAUCAAAAGACGAGCUGGGGGUUACCACAAAAAGCCGUUGGGGUUCUUCAAGUAGAUGAUGUUACAACUAUUCGGGCCGAUAUAAGUACACUUACUAAUGUGAUGUUGAGGGCGUUUCCUCAAGCUCAUCAGGUCCAACCAGUUCAACAAAUUCAGCAAGCAGCGUGUCAGAACUGUGGUGUCGAAGAUCGUGGGAACUAUUAUGGAAAUGAUUACAAUCCUCCAUUCGGGAAGCAAAACUUCCACAAGCCGAACAAUUAUCAGCAACCCAAGGCUCAACCAGCUAACAAUUUGGAAGAGAUGAUGAAGCAUCUUAUAGCUCAAACACAAGGAAUGCAGCAGCAAAAUCAGAAAAUUCAGAGUGAGAUGCAGAAAUCUAUUCAUGAGUUUGAGCGCCAAAUGGGGCAGCUAUGA